AGAAAAUGGCAUCAUACCUCUGAAUGACAGGAAAAAGAGCGGGAAAGUUUGUUAGAAAUGUCAAAAAGUAACAAAUAAAAAAACUUUUUGUGGAAAAUACAGUUGAAUUUAGUUUUGUGAGGACAUAGAACUAUUUUAUUAUAAAAAUAAUGGAGUCUGCAAUGCCUCUGUACUCGUUAGAAUCAGUGGCAUGUCUGUUAAGAAGCUACAACCAUUUGUUGGCACCUACAGCGCCUGCACCUACGCCGGAUGUGCACAACGUAGUCAACCCAUUACUUGCGGCGUUACCUCCUCAACUUCACUGCUUACCUCCUUAUUGUCAUCAUCUGCCUCCUAGGAAUACUUCAUUGCUCCCAUCACCCACCACGGAGUUAGAAAUCCGACGGCGCGGCGAGAAAAGACCGAUCCCGCCUGAGUUAAAAGACGAGAAGUACUUCGAAAGAAGACGACGUAACAACCAAGCUGCUAAGAAGUCAAGAGACGCGAGACGGAUUCGAGAAGACCAGAUAGCAUGGCGUGCCUGUCUUCUAGAGCAAGAGAAUGCAUCCCUCAGGGCUCACGUGGCGGCUCUGAGGCAGGAGACUCUCGCGCUGCGCUCCCUGCUCGCUGCCAGAGACGAGCCACCGGCACCAGCACCAUCAUCCACCACUCCAGAUUAAAUAACUAAGAUAUUUAUAGAGAUAGAAAGAUAUUUUUUAUGUGAUAAAUCGGUUAAUGAGUUGACGGAUCACCUGAUGAUAACACUUGAACAGAGGUGUGCGUUGCCGGCCUUUUGGGGAUUAGGAAUU